UGUCUCGCUUGUUCUGCUGGAUGCCGGGUAUAUCUUCGAUCCUUUACUGGAAACCUGAAGCAACACCUCCGUGCACCCGACGCUAUAAUUUUGACGUCGUCAAUUGAGAAGAAGCUACCAGCAUGAGCGAAAACGCCCAAAGGAGAAGAGGGCAGAGAAAGAGUUCCAAGGUGGAGCGGAAGAAGCAUGGAAAGCGGCAAAGUCCUUUCAAAUCCGAGAAAUCCGACGAGCUGAUGGUCAGCAGUCCCGUCAGAGACGUUCCAUCCGACCAUGAGAUCCCUGAGCAAAAUGCACCUCUGCAGGCGUCCAACUAUAUAUCAUUCGACCCCUCGCAAGCCCAGCAAUAUGAACCGUCGGCCACCGUGUCGGACACGCAGGAACAUACAUUUGGAUCGCGCAAGCGUAGGUCGAAGAAAUCUAAGCGUUCCAAACGAAAGAAACGGGGAAGGGAACCCACUGCAACGGUCUACACGCCCGAACCAGUUGAUGAAAAUGAGAAGUUUUACAUGACUGUGGGUGAGGAACUGGCUGAUUGUGGUCAGAUUUUGGAAGAUCACCAGACAGCACUAGUGGAUGCAGCAUCAACAGUCUUCGCGUCUAUACCUCUGUAUUACCAUCCCAGGAGAUUUGGAAACGUACUGGACUUCACCGCCAAAUGCAGUGGACGGUGUUGCGACCAUCCAGUUCCAGGUCCACUCAUCUAUCGCCCGGAAGCUACUACGACCGAGGUCGGAACCGAGGUCGUUGUGGAUGACUUGAACGCAGAGACCGCCACCGAAUCUGCGUCCGCGAACGCCGCGCCACCAGGCGGACCAUCAGAAGCCGCUUCGGAGAUCGUGAGUCCCGGCGCGGACGCGUCUUUGCCGCUCAAGAUAGCUGAGGCUGCGCGUGAAGCAAAAAAGGCGAUUAAGGCUGCCAAGAGUUUCAGACAGGCAUCCAAGACGAUGACGAUGAUUCAAGGCGAAGGAGAAACAGACGCCGAGACAAGGAAACAGUACUCCGCCGAUCUUAUGCACCGAGCCGCAAACCUGGCCAAGAAAGCCAGGGAAGCCUUGGAGAGGUAUCGCUCUCUGAAAGCUAUGGCGGCGUCAGUGGAUGUGAAAGCGGAAGUGUCGAAAAAAGAAACCGCUCCCGAGGAAGGUGCACAACCUACGGAGGCACCGCGGGCGAGACGUUCUUCGCACGCAGAACUUAAGCAGGGACAAGUGCAAGCGGCAGCUCUCUCAGAAAUGCACCUUCCACCCGGUCCUUCAUGGUAUGUGCCUCCAGGGUAUUGGUCCUGGAUGCCGUCGCCAUAUCCGCAAGGAGGAGCUUCCGUUCCUCCACAAAGUAGGGCCCAGCUGGAACCAUCAGACCAACGCCCCCCUCUGCAGCGUGCUCCCAUGUAUGAUGGUAUGUUUUACACAGACCCCUACUUGAGCAGCUAUUCUGGCAAUUCUCCCCGUUUCCCGCCACACGCACGGGAUUUCCCCAGGAAAUGGACAAGCGUACCAGAUGCUGCUAACGAGGUAUUAAAAUGGAAAGAAAGGCCGCUGGCGAUAGCAGCCACUGCGGGUGUCAUAAAAAAGGCGGGUAUGGCUCUGUCCCAGGCAAGACAAGUGGAAGAUGAGGCUUCUAAAUUGCACAAGAUAUCAUUAUCAACGCUAAGCGAAGUUCGGAAAGCCGAAGCAGGCCAAAAGGCCUACGAACGAUCACGUUACUCACCACCUGAUGAAGAGUACGGCAGCCCUGGAAGUCUUCGUGCAGAUGAUGAUGACACAAUGGAUCUCCGGUACAGGAAGAGACGCCUUGAGUACCGUGCCACUGGCGCUACUGAUACGUCCUCGAUGGAGGAUGUCGGCUAUCAUGAUAAAGGUAACGAGCGGGUUGGCUCCAGGAGGCGAACCAGAACUACACCAGACCGACCGCAACGCGAUGCAAGAUAUGAUAGCGGCCUCAUGCAAAAGCCAUCGCCUUUUCGCGAUAGAUCGCCAGAGUUAGAAGGCCAUUUGACAGUUGAACGGAGAGAGCCUAGUCGUCGUAGGACAAGCCAGAGAACUACCCGGGACGAUUUUUUUGAAAGACCUGGAUCGACGCUACAGAGUGGCAGGGGACACUCAACGAAACAGCCUUGGGAAGCCUUCGACCGCUAUAGGGACGGACGCACAGCGAGGGGACUUCGUGACAGCAGCCAAAUGCGAUACAGCGAGAGGCCCAGAGUUGCUCCUUCUCUCGAUGACUACGAAGAUGACAGGAGCACUGAGAUGGAAACGCCACCCGAUGGAAUGCGACAACACUACGAGCGCAUGAGCCCUUCAGUGUCAACACGCACGCAUCGGUCAAAGAAGGAGUUGGAAUACUCUAAGCUAAGUGAUGAGCCAUUUACAGAUCAUGAAGCAGACCGUUCCAAGCUGCCUCAGGUGUCCCGUUCCAGCACGGAUGUAAGGCACCUAUCGAGAUUAGCGUCCGGCAUGGCACUUGGCAGAGUUCACGGAGAGGUCCCUGACGAUGACACGAUGACGUUUAAAGAAAGAGCAGCAAGAAGGGCAAGUCUCUUUCCCCGUCGCGAUAAGCAUGGUGAAACCUCAGACUUCAAAAGAGCAGCGGCAAGGAGAGCUAGCUUGUCGGGAGCACGUCAGCUGCAGCUUGACAAGAAGGCAACUCAGGAGAACAUAAGCGCGUCAAGAGCAACGGCGGGUAGGAGAGUCAGCAUAUCAUCACUUCGACCACUCCAGUUUGAUCGUACGCAAGAUGACGAUAUGACAGAGUUUAAAACAAUGGCAAAAAGAAGAGCAAGUGUGUCUGCAUCACGACAGCUACAGUUGGAUCGUGUACAAGAGGGCGACAAGGCAGCGUUUAAAGCAGCAGCCCAACGAAGAGCAAGUGUCUCUGGUGCAAGACAGCUGGAGUUGGACCGUAUGCAAGAGGGCGACAAGUCAGCCUUUAAAGCAGCAGCCCACAGGAGAGCAAGUGUUUCUGGUGCAAGAGGUGUACAGGAGGGCGACAAGGCAGCGUUUAAAGCAGCGGCCCAAAGGAGAGCAAGUGUUUCUGCUGCAAGACAGCUGCAGUUGGACAGUAUACAAGAGGGCGACAAGUCAGCCUUUAAAGCAGCGGCCCACAGGAGAGCAAGUGUUUCUGGUGCAAGACAGCUGCAGUUGGAUGAUGCACAAGAGGACGAAAGGUCGCCAUUCAAAAUGAUGGCUCAAAGAAGGGCAAGCGUUUCUGGCGCAAGACAACUACAGUUGGAUCACGCACAAGAGGACGACAGGUCCGCAUUUAGAGCAAUGGCUCAAAGGAGAGCAAGUGCUACCGGUGCAAGACAACUACUGUUGGAUCGCAUACAAGAGGACGAUAAGUCUGCGUUUAGAGCAGCAGCCCAAAGGCGAGCUAGUGUUUCUCGUGCGCGACAACUGCAAUUGGAUCAUGCACAAGAGGGCGACAGGUCACCAUUGAAAUCAGUGGCUGAAAGGAGAGAAACUACGUCGCCCUCGUUGCAGGCAUUUAGGACAAUGGCUCAGCGAAAGGCAAGUGUAUCGGCUGCUUCGCGUCAACAGCAGUUGGACCGCGCACAGGAAGAUGAAAGGUCAGCAUUUAAAGAAAUGGCUCAGAGAAGGAAAAGUGUUUCUGGCGCACCAGAACUACAGCUGGAUCAUACUCAAAGGGACGACAGCUCAUCAUUUAACGCUACGGCCCAAAGCGGAGCAACCUUGUCUGCCUCGCGACAAUCUUUUAAGGGUAGGGCUCAGAGAAGGGCGAGUGUAUCUUCUUCGCGGCAACCGCAGCCAGAUCACACGUAUGAGGUCGACAGGUCAACUUUGAAAUCGAUGUCUCCAAGUAAGGCAAGUGCUCUUGGACCACGCCAGCUGAAGUUAGAGCAAAGGUUGCCACUCGACACGGACGCUUUCAGGGCUAAAGCUGUAAAGGGGAGUAGUGCAUCCUCAGGCCUCGAUUCCGCUGGCGGUGUUCGUACGCUAAACACUGACAGAACGAACGGCAUUUCUGCUUUAAGGGCCGCAGAUGCGCGCAGAGCAAGUGUUGCUGCUGGAAGACGCAAGUCGUUGGCUGUCGAGAAAUCCAACCUUGUAGGUUCGACUGGAUUGCACCCUGGUGAGUUGAGACAACCUCUGAAGGUUACUGGCGCGGAAUCUUCUCAUCCCCAACAGGAGACACGGGAGCAAGAUUCACAGCUACACGCCGGUGAUAAGUCUCCGGAAGGUGGCAGCUAUAUACUUUUGCCAGGCGUGACCGUUACACGUGAGCAGAUGGCAAAGAACAUUGAAGAGCUAAACAAAAAGGCGCCUAAAGAUGAAGAGCUUCCUGCAGAGCCCGUCAAAGACAAUCUUUAUGAAAAAAUGCAAGCAGCGAAGGAAACUUCAGAGCCUCUCUCUGUGAUACAUCCUUCAGAGCGAAUGCAGAGUCCUAUGCAUGCCAUGAGUCCUGGCUCCCAUCAGACGGAACUGACUCAUCCCCAGACCGGAGCUCCGCAACGCACCGCCCCUAGUGACGCACAACCUACUAAGGUCUUACAAGAAACACCUCAACGUACAGAACCUCGAUCCGCUUCGCCAAGUUCCCAACCGUCAACGGGGCAAGGACUUCCAGGCAUCGAAGCUAAGGAUGAAAAACAUUCCUCAUUAAUGGCUUCUGGUGCAGUGCCUCACGUGCUGUCCCCGAAAGAUGCCAGCAUAGCUCGUAGUGUACAGCCACCUGUUAAAGUUACCCCCGACUCUCAGGCUGACGAUAAAAUAUUGAGUGGAUUACCUCAGGGACAGGAAAAGUCUGCCCUUGCUUCCCCUGCAGUUCCCCCUGCAGCGAUUGCGCGGAGAAUAGCGAAGAUGAAAGCCUCUAGUCCGCAUCGGGCAAGCGCAGAAGCAAUAAUGAAGCUAGAGAAAAGGAGGCGGAAAUCAACGAAGGAAGACACGCGUAAGGGCGUUGACGCAGCAUGGGUGGCGUCGAUGAGUUCUCACCUCAAAGAAGGUUCUCAGCCCGAGAGUAUUUCGAGGGUGUACGGCGACGUGUAUGUGGAUGCUGUUCCGGCACCUGAACCAGGUCUUCCUCCCAAUUAUGGAGCACCUCCUGAACUUCCAUCACCGAAGGGAGACAUCGGAAUACCAUCAGCAGUACAACCAUCCUUAUCGAGGAUACAUUCCAUUCAGUCGCCUUCCGUCACGCAAGGACAAGAUGCGCGCUCAGGGGACACUGCAGCAACUUCCAUUCAGCCACAGCCAUUGGAGCAGGCAGGUGAUCGCGUCCAAGAGACCACAGUAAACAUACCUCCAGGGGAUGUGAGUGCGGUAGUCACGGAAGCUCAGCAAUAUACAACACCACAACCGGAGGUUCAGAUAUCCGUUGUGAGGGAGGACGAGGCGGGAUCACCAGAGCACUCACGGGACGGAACUUCAAAUCUGCGAACGUCGCGAGGAAGUCACGAAAUGCAAUUAGUGAGGGUAACGCAGAGUGAUGUUACAUUGGAGCAAGGGUCUCUCGUAAAGGAAAAGUCAGGCAUAACAGGAAUGAUAACCACGGAAGAAGGCAAAGGGAGUCCUGUGCAGACAGGCUUAGGUAAAGAGCCUGACCAGCCACAUGAAACGUUCGAACCUAUAGUCGAACGAUCUUGUCUGGAUAUGGGACAAUCAGGACAAGAAUAUCGUUCUGAGCGACACGAGCUGUCUCAAACUCCUGAACUAGUCGCGGUGGUGCCUAUGGACGAAGAAGGAACCCCGGAUCUACCUUUGCGAGUGCCUGAAGACCAGGAACGUUUGGCAGAGAAGACCUCUCGUGAAGCAACAGUGAAUGCCAGUGCUCAGAAUCUCCCUGCUGCUGGUGCUCCCAUAGACACAGGCCGUUCGAUGGGAGCCCCCUACAUUCCACUCGCAACGAUGCACGGUGCUCCAUAUUUAACUGGACCACCUUUGACUGGUUACGACAAACCGAUCGUGCAGGCUUCAGUCGUCCACCAGAAUGGCAAGGUACAGCAGACACGACGGGCACCGCAGCAGAGGAUCAUGUUCGCUUUGCCUGAUUCCGCUGGGAAAUCUCCUGAACCGCAGAGGGAGCAGGAAUGCUGCGAGCUAGAAUCAUCGGUUACUUACUAUCCCGAGAGCGCUGUCGUCUUUGCAUUGGGCUGUAUCUGCCUGAUCUGGAUAAUCUUCAUGAUAUGCUCCUCCAAUCCGGCUAUCCGUGAAGCAAUGGCCUACCGCGAAAAAUCAGCUACAAGCCGUCCUUCUACUCUGAAUGCGUCACACGAUCCUAGCUCUUUGAUUGCGAAGAGGGCAGCGCAAGUGACAACAUUGAGCCCAUCGCAGGCACGCCUUUCCCUGUCUGUAUGCGACACAGAAUACUGCCAGAAAGAGGCUGCUCAUAUAAUGAGUUUGCUAAGCGGCAACCCAUGCGACAAUUUUUACGACUUUGUCUGCAAAGCCCUCUCCACACGGUGGACUCCGAAACCGGGAUCGUCCAUAUCGACAGACACGAUCCUCGUCGAUGCUAUUGAAGAAACAGCUAGAGAUUAUAUCCUUAACCCUCGAAACGAAGACAUGACUGUCGCUCGAUUUGUUCUCGAAGGCUGCAUCAAGGAAAACGGCGAAGUCGAUUUGCGCCGUCAUGAGAUGAACGAAAUGUUUAUGGAGUACUUCAACACCAUGUGGCCAGCAACUAAAGAUACCAGGAGUGUGCUCAGCCCCCGCACUGCGUGGAUAUCCGCUGGAUAUCUGGUUCGUGACCUCAAGCUUCAUGCACUCGCAAGCGUAUCACGACGACCGAGUGCGGAUGGGCAGCCAAACAUUUCGAUAAUUAUUGGCGAACCCACUCUUCUGUACCGAGAUGGUGACCAGUCCGACAAAUCUUUCAUAGAACUGAUCGGCGGAGCAGUCGAGCAAUCGCUUAUUUUCAUGAGGGGUAACGAGAACAUAAAGGAGUAUGCCGCAACCAUCAAACAAACCAUCAACGUCCUCGGUAAAUUUGCGGCGCGCCCUACCGAACGAUACAUCGGAAGAAAAAAUUAUCGGACUACACGACUUAGCGAGCUUCCACGAGACAUUACACCUUUCCUGCGAGCAAUAUUUGCAGACGACACAAGUAUCGGCGAUUCCACCACCAUCUUGCUGAAGUCUCCGACUUUCUUCGAGAAUCUGAGACGUGCAAAUGACACUGGAUUUGAUGCGCAGAGCAUCGUAAACUACCUUGGCUUUCGUCUCGUCACCCACUUCAGCGCGUUCCUUCCCCUGCGAAUCCUUCGUGAACUGAGGGCUGCGGAAUUGGGGAUAUCCGUGAAGGCCCAAUCUGAACUAGAGGUACUCUGCUCGAGAGAACUGGAGCGUGUAUUUCCUGCGCACUACCUGAGGGCCUAUGGACUUCACGCGAACAACUUUCACGUGAUGGCCAAAGCUGUCGCCUCGCAGCUGGAAGCAAAGUUCGUCGAAACUAUGACACACAUUCCAUGGAUUCAGGGUUCGAGAACGAAGGAACGUCACGUCAAGAAUAGAUUCGAUCAGGUCAGGCGCAAAGUCCUCGAUAGUCGGCGCAUGCACUUUUUUCCAUCAUGGGUGUUCCAUAAUGCAACUUUCUCGAACUACAACGCCAAAGUUAUGCAGCACCUACAGAGUCUUCACGGCGUUGAACCGUCCGAUUUAAUUUCGCAAUUUAAAACCUUUACCGCUCUUCAAAACAAGGACCUUCUCGAACAAGGGACGGCAGUUAACGGCGUGCAAGAAAUGGAGUCUGUUUUCAGCACGCGUGUCCACUACGACGUAGACCAAAAGGUGCUGAGCAUUCCCAUAGCCGUGAUCAACGUUUCAAUUCCCACGAAUAAUAUGAUGUUCGUGAAUCACAUUGCUCGGUACGGCGUAAGAAUUUUUAAAGGGAUGAUGGCCAUGCUGCACGAAGAUGAUAAAAAGGACUCUGCCUACCGUACACACAGUACGGACAACGACGGUCGCUUCCGAUAUGCUUUACAAUGUCUCGUGAAUGGAUACAACGACUUGGCAAAGAACCUGAAGAGCACGUUUUUCGGCAGCAGUCAUGAUGUCUCCGCUGCAGGACUUUCAAUGCUCGAGCACACCAUCCCGGUUAUGCAAGCCUAUAAGGCAUUCCAGGAGUUCGUGAAGAUCAGACAGAUCUGGCACUCUUCUGUGGCACUGCCUACCAUGCCCCAAAUGAGCCCUGAACAGGUGUUCUUUGUACUGUACGCGCUGGAUAACUGUGAGAGCAGCGGUGACGUGUACAGGCGGCAUCGCUUCGAAACUGCCUUCACGCUUCCACCCGAAGACAGGGUCAAUUUUCCGCUCUCGCAGUUCCCGGAAUUUGCGCGCGCAUUUGGUUGCAACCAUACAUCAGCGAUGACCAGCAAUCACAGAUGCAAUAUUUUUUUAUGAUUGCAUUUUUAUUGUGUGUCCCCGCUCUCGGGGCACGUAUCUUUCAAUUAUAUGAUAACUAUAA